GAUGUCCAAAUGGCUAGAUUUGAGUUUUACUUGUACUUAGAUUAAUUUUAAAUGUUAACAACCACUAUCAUGUAUAGUUUAUUCAAAUACAAUAUUAAAGAUAGUCCCAUGAAUAGUGUUUUUGAGAUUGAAGGGAAGAAAUUAUAUUUAGGAAAUAUUAAUGCAGCAAAUGAUUCUUAAUAUCUAAAAAAUCAUAAUGUUGGAGCAGUAUUAUCAAUUAUUGAUACAAGUGAUAUUAAGUUAGACAGGUCAAUCAUUCAUCUAGUACAAAAUAUAAUAUUUCAUUAGUGGAUUGCAGCUGAAGAUAGAGAAGAUGUUCAAAUAACAAGGUAUUUUGAAUAAGCUGCUAACUUUAUUAAAGAUCACUUAUAACAUACAAAUGUUUUAGUUCAUUGUUAUGCUGGAAUAUCUAGGUCAAGUUCUUUGAUAAUAGCUUAUUUGAUAAAAUAUGCAGGAUUAUCAUUAAAAGAGGCUAUAAUCAAACUUAAAAGUUAAAGACCUUAAGUAGAUCCAAAUGAUGGAUUUAUGGAUUAGCUUAAAUAGUUUGAAGAAAAAGUAAAAAACCAAAAAUUAUGUAAAAGUGAAAAUGGAACUAAAAGUGUGAGUAAAUUCUUAAAUAUAAGCACAAGUAUUGAUAAAAAUAAUAAUAAUUGUUAAUAGAGUAAUAAAGGCAUCUAGAAUUUUAAUAUCUACAGCAGAUUGAAUUCUACAACUAAUAUAAAAGCAAAAAAAUAAAACAUUCAAAAUAUAACAAUCUAGAAAACAAAGACUUCAUUUUUAGAUAAAACUUGUAGUCCAACUAAUAUAAGCACAACAAAUAAAGUUGGGAAAACAUUCAUUUCAAAUAACCUUUAUGAGGAUCCAUUAAAAUAAUAUUAAAAAAUUAAAAAUUCUUAAAAUCUGUUUAAUUAAUAGAUAUUGGGAAUGAAAAAUAUUUAUAGCCAGCAUGGAAGAUUUCACUCUAUGAACUAUUGA